GCUUCCCCCGCCACUCCCCGCACCCUCUCCGCAGCCGCUGAGGUACGGAUGGGGGCGGGCGCGUCGGUUGGCGGUUGGAGCCCCUCAGGCGCGUCGCCCGCGCGCCAUGCUGAUCACGCUCUGCUACUUGUACUUCUGGGCGCGCUGGGGGGCCUCUUCGGCGGGGCUCAUCCGCCGCACGGUGCGCAGGCUGUACAGGACCCGCUGCUCCUUCACCUUCUCUACCUCCUCCUCUUCCUCCAGCCCCGGCUGCCCUCGCCAAACUCCGCAGCACCGGCAAGCUGCCCACCAUCCGCUUCGCAAGCCGGGGCCCCGGCGCCCCCCGGAGGAGGAGAGAGUCUGCCUGAGGGUGGGGGACAAGGUGUUCUUCACGGACGAGACCCAGUCUGUUGAUGAUUUAAACAAAUGGACGUUGCUUAUUGUAUCGCCUUUUCAUUAUUUGGAUAAAAUAUUGGAAACAGAACGUAUCACAUUUCUAACUGAAAGUAUUUCCAUUCAAGCAGGCAGUUCUCAAGCUGUAAAUUGCUCAACAGAAAAGAUUGUGAAGUGGUCAGACUAUUGUUCACCUUUGGCCUUCAGACCUGGAGAACCUUACAUAUUAUUUGCUGAAACAAGCAUAGAUAACUUCAGUAGCCUUGGGAUAGCAUUCAUGGAAAAUAGACUCCAAAUGGAUAAUGGAAUGAAGCCUCAAAAAAUUGUGUCUGUUCACUUACAGAAGUCAGCACUGGAAGAGUUAGAACAACUGGCUCCAAAUACCCAAAAAGAGGGAAAUACUAAUAAGAUGCCACUUGGUGAACUGACUCAAGGGUCUACUUUUGAGACUGAUGCUAAACCAGAAGAGGAAGCUCUUGAUUGUGCAGCAGGUGGUGAUCAAGAAAUGCAGAAAUCAGCACGUAAAUUGCAGAAAGUAAAUGAACAUCCUGAACAACUUGAGCAAAUAUCUGAAAAGGAAACGGGAACUGGUGAACAUCACCACCUUCAUCUUUCCAGCUGUCAUGAGUGCUUGGAACUGGAGAAUAGCACAAUUGAGUCAGUUAAGUUUGCCUCUGCAGAAAACAUUCCAGAUCUUCCUGAUGAUUAUAGUGGCAAUUCCGAAGAUGUUAGUGAUAAUCUGGCAGGAAACCUGAAAAGGGUAAACCUUACUGGGAAGCCUCCUAAUAUUUUAAUUUACGUUGGUUCUGACCCUGGAAAAGUGAAGUUUGAGGAAAUAAAAUCACUCAUCAUGGAAUGUGUAGAUGUUAAUGCUUAUACAGUCUACCAGUUGUUAGAGAAUCAAGUUAUGAGCGUUCCAUGGCUUGACAAUGCAUUGCUGUUGAUUGUUGCUGCAUCACACCCCAUUUCAGAUGAUGUGUCCAAACAAUUUCUUGCUUUUAUGUCAAAAGGUGGGAAGAUUUUGGGACUUGCUUCUUCUUUCACUUUUGGUGGAAUACAGCUAAAAAGUAAAGAUGAACUGAUGGGCAAAAUACAGGACUUCGUGUUUUCAACAGCAAAGAGCAAAGAGGUUAGACUAAAUAUUCUAGCUAGUGGGAAAGUUUUCGAGAGAGAAACUACAGAAGAAUUAAGCCCCAUGAAGCUACUAGGUUACUUGGAGAGUCCAGAUAAAGAUAUGGUGAUUGUCCAUCUACCCUAUGGAAAUUGUGGUGGAGAAGCCAUUCUUUGUCAGGCACAUUUGGAAGUGAAUGUCAAGGGUUUGUCUACUCAAACAAAGGAUGACUUCAAUUUGCUCAAAAUAAGCAAUGCCAAAAGAUAUGAUGUUCUUACCGAAAUCCUGACGCUACUUCAUUUGAGCUGUGAUUUAAGUGAAGUUCCCCAAUUAACUCCUAUUUCCUUGCUCUCAUCUGAUAAGGAUGUCCAUGGUUUAUUUUUGGGGUGGCUUGAAAGAAAUGUGAAUGCAGAAGGAUUAAUCAGAUCCAACAUGGUGUCCCUCAAGUUUGUAUCAUCUUGCAUCAAAGGAACAGAAGUAACACCCUCGCUCAUGCCGGUAGUUACUGAGAUGGAAGCUUUCUCAUCCGAACAUUUCAGUUUUGAGAGAUACAGGCAAAAUCUACAUACAAAGAAGCUUGGGAAAGUAGUUCUGUUUGCUGAAGUUACAUCAACCACCAUGAAUCUUCUUGAUGGGUUGAUGUACAAGGUGCCACAGGAAAUAGGUCUGAUUGCGAUUGCGGUUCAACAAACUCAAGGGAAAGGCCGUGGUGGGAAUGCUUGGCUGAGUCCUGUGGGAGCUGCUUUAUCAACUCUACAUAUCACCAUUCCUUUAUCUUCUGAACUGGGACGAAGAAUUCCUUUUAUUCAGCAUUUGGUUUCUCUAGCAGUUGUAGAGUCUGUUAGAUCCAUACCUGGAUACCAGGAUAUUGAGCUUCGAGUGAAAUGGCCAAACGAUAUUUACUACAGUGACCUUAUGAAGCUGGGUGGCGUUUUAGUGAAUUCCACACUAACAGGAGAUACAUUCCACAUUCUUAUUGGCUGUGGAUUUAAUGUGAAUAACAGCAACCCCACUAUAUGCAUCAAUGAUCUCAUUAUGGAGCACAAUAAGACAAAGAAUACAGAAUUAAAGCCCUUAAGUGCAGAUUACCUGAUUGCAAGAAGUGUGACAGUGCUGGAAAGUCUGAUCAACACCUUUCAAGAGAAAGGACCUAAUGGAGUUCUUCCCAUGUACUAUAAGUACUGGGUACACAGUGGUAAACAAGUACGGCUUGGAAGUGAUGAAGGGCCUUUAGCGUGGAUCGUUGGAAUCGAUGAUUCCGGAUACCUUCAAGUUCAUGAGGAAGGCAAAGAUGUAGUAACCGUGCACCCAGAUGGCAAUACUUUUGAUAUGCUGAAAAACCUGAUAAUUCCAAAACAGCAGUAGUUUUUGAAUGUGGUGAAACAGCUUCUCUCUCAGACCAUUUUCUAGAGUUUGGCUGGAGGCUGUCAAACUAGAAGUAUCUAAUCUGAAGAAUUGAAACACUGUAUACCAAGGAAAACAUUGAAUUUUGAGUCAUUUAAUUUUCCUGGGCUCUUGGCCCAGUGACCUGGGAUUUAGUGGCUUUUCAUGUUUGUUUGUUUGUUUUCCUUUCAGUCUCCAUGCAGAUGUGAAGGAAACCUUAUGGUCAGCAUGAAAAGCUCUAGCUUCCAAUUUUUGGCAUGGAACACUCAAGUAGAAUUAGCUCCAUAAAUCUGUGUUAUCCUGUUACUACAGAUUCUUCACGCUUGCACUUACAGUAUACCUUUACAUCCAGUGCUCAUAUUACUUUGUAUCUAUAGGAAGGAAUGCAUUUUGCUGUAGAAUAUUUCCUAUAUUAAAAUGAUAUAAUAAGUUUGGUUUACCAAUGCCCCAGUUUAGUAUGGUGUUUUGUUUUUAAGUUGUGGAUGAACAGCUAUAUGCAAAAUGAAGUUAUAUUAUUCAUUUUGAACAUCUGUUUUAGAGUAUGCCAUAAAAUUAUUUAAAGAAUUUUACCCCUC